AUGUCAUCCAAAAACACGCGAAAACGGUUCAAGAUGGACGAUUUGGUCGAUCAAACGCAACCUUUGAGAAGCAAGCCCAUCAACGUUGUCUUCAAAACGGGUUUGAAGAGUCCUGUGCGCCAAAAACGACGCAAACUCGACACCCCGUAUCCCAGUGUUUUCGAUCAUCAACACGUUGGAAUCAAGCUUGCCGACGAAAACUGGCGAGCUGGGACCUCUGUAGCUUUGCCAGAAGCACCACAAGAUGUUGGGCUACGUCCGGACUCCGUACCCGCGGUUUCAGAGUCGGAAGCGACCCAGCGAGCUCGGCGGCUAAAAAUCAAAAACCCUCUACAAACGGGCGACCUGCCACGCCCGUUUCUCGACGCAGACCGAUCCAUUCAGCUGGAGGACUUCGACCAGCCUCCAGACUCCACUUCCACGCCGAUAUUGGGCAGUCCACGGCCUAACUCGCUAGAAUUGCCUUACCACAGGCGUCUCGACAAUCACGAUUACUACAAUGUCAACUGCAACUACAACUACAACGAGCCCUGGGUGGUCGAUGCACACUGGGCUGCCAACUGUUCCAAACAGUACCAAGAGCCAUACGACUUCGGGGUCAGUCCUGCCUGGCACCCGGGCCACGUCUACGGAAUUCCCCUGGCACCAGGACACAAUUUGCCGCCCCAAGGCCACAACUUGCCACAUGCUGCUGUGAUAUCCACCUCUCGAAAUCCUGACAAAUCUGGCAUCUUCAAGACACAGCACUCGCCUCUCAGACACAGAGGAGCCGAGUUUUUCCCUCAAGCCUACGCUGGCGGUCCUACUGUUGAAACGUAUCCGUGGUACACGUUGGGCCAAACGUAUCGGGAGCCAAAAAGCGAUCUGGGCAGCGAAAGACGUGAAAUUCGAGACACCAGCCAACAAAGCUACAGAUCCAGCGGUGGCGAGGCCACUCGCAGCUCAUGA